AUGAGCGACACGGCAACGACCUUAGAUGCGACGUCCUCACACGCUGACGUGGGCACCAACACCAAGCCCCAAUGCGUGGCGGACAACAUGGAUGAAAAAGCGACAAACGAUAUGUUGGAAUCGGAAGGACCUCCAGGAACAGGACAAGAAUCCGCAUCUUCCACAUCGAGGACGAACAAUAUUUUGCAUCCCGUCUACCGUGAUGCGACGACGAUAUUGGCCCCCAUGGUGCGUGCGAGCACCCUCCCAUUGCGUCUCCUCAGUCGUGAUCUUGGCUGUGAUCUAGUUUACACGGAGGAAACAAUUGAUAAGCGAAUCAUUCAAGCCCAGCGAUUCCGAAAUCCCCAUUAUCCAGGAACCAUUGAAUAUUACGUGGGAGCACCAACAGCAUCUUCACCGGGAGAAGAAAAGGCAAUUCCUGCUGCUCCUACUGGGUCUGGUAUUCCGCCUUCUGCAACAAGUUGUCCUACAACUACUUCAGCUUCUACUGCUGGGUCCUCCUCUGGGAGGAAUGUGAAUGGUGCUAUUCUUCCAAAAGUUCCUCCAUCUCCAGAGGAAGUUCCUCCAUCUGCAACAUCUUCACCGGUAGAAGAAAAGGCGACAAGCAGCCCGCCAACUCCCGCAGCCACACCAGAAGAGGCAUCUUCUGUCGCCCCACUUGGUGCUUCGACGAACGGGCCGAAAGCCAAUCAUGAAGGCCAGGUCGAAUCUGCCCGAUCUACAGCAUCGGGAGUAUUCUUAGGAAGUCGCAACCCGAAUUGCAAUAAAGGCGGGGAGAGGAAAUCGGUGUUUCGGACGACCGACAGCGAAGUGCGGCAAAAUCGGACGAUCUUUCAGCUCGGUACCUGUUGUCCGGAUCGCGCUCUCGCAGCAGCCCGCGUCGUCAUCGAGGACGUAGCCGGUGUAGACGUGAAUAUGGGCUGUCCAAAGAGCUUCUCCGUCAAAGGUGGAAUGGGUGCCGCGUUGUUGUCCCAACCGCCCUUGGCAGCGCGUAUUGUGCAGAACCUGCGAGCCAAUUUGCCAAGGGAGAAGAGCGUCACUUGCAAAAUCCGUUUUGUGCGUGAAACUGACGUCAACACUGUAGAGGUGAAGAAAACGACGACUUCUUGUUCGAGUGCGGCAACCGUGGAUUCUGAUCCAGACCGGGAUGCGGCGGCCGUGCUUCGCACGCGCAAUUUGGUCAUAAAACUUCUCGAGGCAGGCGCGGACGCCGUCUGCGUGCACAUGCGCUACAUCCCGGACCGACCACGGCAACCUGCGAGAUGGCCGCUUUUCUUGGAGUUGAGGCAAGCCUUGGCGGCGCGCGGGGAGAUCACCAAUUUUCAGGGUCGUCGGAUUGAUCUAGCGAGCGCGCCUCCGCUCAUUGCGAACGGAGACUUUUUCAAUCUAGAACAGGUCCGCUGCUUUCGCAAGUUACACCCUCAAAUUCCGUUGAUGAUCGCACGUGGGGCACAGUGGAAUCUGGCACUCUUCACGCAAGUGAGGCAAAUGAUGCGAAACGAAGCAGAAAAAGAUGAAAUUAGAAACAUCGCGGCACUUGCACAAGCGCACACUGUGCCCUCACGGGAAGAGUGUCUGCGACUCUACGUGCAGACGUGCAUUGAUACGGGUACUAUUUUUAAGGCUACAAACAACAAGGUUGAAAAUCCAUCUUUGUUCCCCAGCAACAUCUUGGUCCUCCUCGUUUUUCCACAGGUUAGUUUUCCCUCUAAUCUUAGGCUUAAUAUCCCUUCAAACAAUAAAUCGCUUUUGAACAGGGAAUACUUAACCGGGAUAUAACCUCCAAUAUGAAUGCACCGAAGCUGGAUUUCUCUUAUAUAUGCAUAGUUCUAAUAUUCUUCCAGAGAUCAAAUGGAACGUACAGGAGAUGAUUCUGAAAGACACGGCGAAGCUUUUUGGCUUCACGAUCAAGACUCUGGCCCAAAAGGUGAGUUCCACAAAAAACAUUUCUGAUCUGCUCACUGUUUUACGCGGUUUAAGGGAAGAGACGAGCCGUGGAAUCAGAAGUAAUGUUGUACCAGCACCAGGUGGCAAUGCCAAUGCCACGACGACUUCCAAGUCUGCAGAACCACGAAGUACAACUUCAACCAAAGUGGUCGAGCAACAAGCUGUCGCUCCUCGUUCGUAUCCGGAUGAUUUAGCUUCUGUGGAAGCCGAGUUCGAGGCACUUUUAGCGCCGGAAAACCAGCACAAAACUACUGCAGUCGAAGAAGAGAGUGUACGUGUAAAGCAAGAAGACAAACAACUACAACCACGACUAGAAAAAACAUCAAGCACAGAUGAGGAGCAAGGACCAUUUUACUCCUUUGUAGACGGACGAUCUCUGCGAGGAGCGAAGGGGUUCAGAUAUGUCAAAUCUGAACACCCGGAGAAAGCUCACACGCUUGCUUACAUGAAGGAGGUACUCUUCGGAGCCAUCAGAGAUGAGGCUGCGCAACAGCAAAGUGCGUAUACGGAUAGAGAUAAUAAUUUGACGGAGGGCGCGGAUCAGCUCCCACCACAGCAUCAAGCCAAGCGUAGAAGAAUCGACGGAUGA